AUGUCGUCCUUCAAGCGGCGCAUCAACCCCUCUUCGGGCAGCUCUGCGUCUUUGCCGCUGCCAGCGGGCGUCAAACCCUCGUCCUUCUCCUCACCCGUCCCGCUCAUCUCGACCGGCGUGCCUGCGCUCGAUGACCUCCUGUCCGGCGGCGGUCUCUCUUCUUCCUCCUCGUUGCUCGUCUUUCCCUCGACCGGUACAGCCGCUCAAUCAGCUGCGCAGAUCGGUUCAAGCUCUUCGACACCCGCUGCGUCCGCCGAGACGGACCACGCUGCCCGCGCCGCGGCCGAGCCGUACGCCGAGCUGCUGCUGAGCUACUCGAUAGCGCAGGGGAUCGCUUCGGAUCACAUCAACAUUGUCAUUGGCGAGGACGUGUGGGGAUUGGUCAACGGACUGAUGGCGAGAGCAGGGGAUCUGGAUGACCAGCUAGUCGCUCGACUCGGGUCGAAGGCCACAGCGAACGAGGAGGCGGACGCGGGACCGUCUGACCAUCUCAAUGCCGUCGCUGAUGAAGACGACGUCGAGCCUCAUGCCAGCACGUCCGCUCUGGAAGCAGGGGCCGAAGGGGGGAGAGGAAGCGAGCAGCGCGAGAGGGAGAUGAAGAUCGCAUGGCGCUACCACAGCAUGAAGCAGUUCAACACGACGGUCAACGAGCCCAGCACAGAAGCGAUACCUUUCUGCCAGACGUUCGAUCUGAGCAAGCGUAUCGAUUCACGGAUCAUUCAGCAUGCGAUGGACACUGGUAAGCUCGAGCUGGUCGACACCUCGGCCUCGUCAUCCGGUAGCAGCGGGAUCAACUCAUACGAGCUCGCGUACACCGCUAUUGAAGCAGCCGCGUCGCGUUGUCGCCAGCUCGCAUCCGCAUCACCCACCUCAGCGCCACCCGUACUACGCAUCGCAAUCCGCUCACUCGGUUCGCCCUCUUGGGUCGUCCCUCGGGGUCGCUCCCGCGCAGUCGAGUCAGUCCGCUUCCUCUCCCGACUCCGCCGUCUGCUCCGCACACACUCGCUCUCUCCCACCGCACCCCUUCCCAGCAUGUCCAUCCUUACACUCUCACCGCACCUCCUGCGCCCCACCACUCCGCCAACCAACCUAGCCCAUCGUCUGGUGCACAGCGUAGACGCGGCCAUUUCGCUGUCGGCCUUCUCCCCCUCCCCCGCUCUGCGCAGCGCCUUCCCAGCGUACACGGGCGCAGUGAAGAUCCUGAAUACCCCCUCUGUGGGCACGCUCACCAACCCCUCCAUCCGGUCCUCGGUGUUGCGAGGUAUGGGCGGCGCCCCGGCCGGUGGGAGGGAAGGCGGCGCUGGUGGAGGGGAGAACAAUCUCGCGUUCAAAGUGCGACGCAAACGGGUGGUCAUCGAGACGCUGCAUUUGGAUGUGGAGGGCGGGGUGAGCGAACGACGGACCAAGCCGGCCAAAGGGGUGGAGGUCGAGACGGCCAACAAGACGGCUGCUGCGCCGAGUACGGGUGGGGUUGGUGGUACAUCGGCUCGGAGACCAACAGAAGCACCGACUGCAGGGCAAGUGGAGAAGGGACCCAAGAAGUUUGGCGGAUUGUCGUCGUUACGGCAGCGCGGACUCGCUGUCGCCGCUACCGCUGGAGGACAGAAGGAGUACGCAGUGGAAAUGGAUACUGCCACACAGAGGUCGCACUCACACACAGCAAAGCCCCCGAACAGAGUCGCUAACUCCCGCGCGGAAGAUCUGGAAUUCUAA